ACGGUGAGAGUCACUAGUGAAACAGAGGAGAAAGAGGUUAUGGUGUUUCAAAGGUCAACCAUUGACAUUAACGGAGUGCCGGUCAAUGGCUGUGAGGGGUUCUAUUUCUUUUGUUGGACCUUCCAAUUCCAAGGUGCUAGAAGGAAAGAUCUUAGAUUGUCUGAAUCUUUUGCUAAGUUUGUGAAAGUGGUCGAGGAGAAAAGAGGAACCUUUUGAAGGAUUUGUUGGCUGCCAUUUCUGGGUUUAGUUCAAAGCUUGGUGCUAGUAAAAUGGCGCAACGCUCACAUGUUCCUAAGUUCGGCAAUUGGGAAAGUGGAGAUGUCCCAUACACAGCCUAUUUUGACAAGGCAAGCAAGAGCAGGAGUGGUGCAAAGAUGAUAAAUCCAAAUGACCCUAAAAAAAAUGCAUCUUCUGAUGAUAAACACCCAGUUCGAGCUGCUGCAGUAAAGACUGGAGCUGAACCUGAUGCAACUGUGAUACCAGGAGCCACAAGGUCAAAGCACGAGCGCCGAUCAAGCAGGGAAGAUGGUGACCUUAGGCGAUCAACUGUUUCUCCAGCUCGCUAUGAUAAUGUAGUACGGAAAACUGGCACUGAUUCACCUCUUCAACGUCAUGGUGACUCCAGGAGGACUGGCCAGCAAAAUGGUGGUUCAAGUGUUGAACAGUCACCAAUCCAUCCACACCACCAGGCAAGAGUUUCAGGCAAGGGCAGUGGGGUUUCCACACCCUCCUGGGAAAGAAAAGGUUCAUCUGAACAUAACCAUGGCUUAGCUCCCGCCACCCCUGGAACAUCGCGACAGAAACCAGCAACCCGAGCAGAUGAAACUCACGAUAGAGGAGCUGCUGUACCAAAAUUUGGUGACUGGAAUAAGGACCCAGCAUCGGCUGGCGGUUAUACUCAAGUCUUCGAUAAAGUGAGGGAGGAGAAGCAGGGUGGGUCACAAAAGGUGCGAGUCGUGCCAACUGAGUCAUCUCACAAUGGUCAGCAGCAGAAUAAUAAUGAUGAUUCUACACCUGUUUGCUGCUUUGCAUGGGGCAGAAAAUGAUGGAUGUUUGUCACUCAAUGAAUAUAAGCAUGCUUGGACCUGUAAAUUGCUCUGAAGGCUGUCUAUAGAGUUUACAUGUGCAUUCUUUCACUA